AUGGCCGUCAACGCUACAGUCCUCUAUCCCGCCGAGGAAGGUGCCACCUUCGACAUGACCUACUACCUGAAAACCCACAUGCCGCUGGUCAGCGAGAAAUGGAGCCAAUACGGCCUCCAGGCGUGGAAAGUCAUCCAGUUGCUCCCCGGGCCCGACGGCUCCAAGCCCUACAGCGUCGCCGCCCUGUUGACCUGGGAGUCGGCCGACGGGCUCAGCAAGGCCCUGAAGGGUGACGAGGCGCAGACCGUGUUUGGCGACGUGCCCAACUUCAGCAACAGGUCUCCCAUCUUCCUCAUGGGCGAUAUUGUUGGUUCUUCGUGA